AUGGAUUCCCGUUCACGACAGUGCGAAGAUGGCUCGCUUAUAACGCUCACUAAGCGAUACAGAAAUCGCUGCAUUCACGCGGAGUUCUCACGUCCGCUCGUCACAAACUCGUCCGAUUUGAGCGCGUGCCAAACGUGGAACUUCAUCACUACACCGACGAAAAUUGGUGACGGAUCUUACUACGUCAAUUCGUCUAACUCGAACAGCGUGCAGCUGUGCAAUAUAAUGGAGGACUGCGAUGUACUGAAGAUUAUGAAUGCUACGCUCUCCUCGCGGCCAUUGUCCGACCCAGCAGAGACAAGGCGGCCAAAAGAACCAAAGGUGGUAGCUGUUCUUAUCUCAGCCGCACCGAACUCCACCCAACAACCCUCAACUGCGGCUUCUCCGGCGCUACUGCCUUGGAAUGCUGAACGAACUCAGAGGAGAAAGAGACAGACAGGAUACACCCCGACAAAUAAUAUUUAUGGCUACGAUUACAACUCUUCACCUUCGUCAUCAUCUGAUGCAGCGAGACUUGUCUUGAACCCGAACUACGCUUAUCUCAACGAUGCACUUUCAGAAGGCUAUGCCAAGAAUUACGUUCAGGCAGAGAUGGCGUACAGCCAAGGCGGUCAAGUUGGCGGUCAAGUUGGUGGAUACCAAGCAUACGACGCUGUUCCUGCGCAAUCAGCCAUUCUGAGUAACGAUCAGCAGAAUGCUCUUAAUUACCAACAAAUUCGACAGAGCAACCCAGGAAGUUACAACCCACCUUUGUAUUCAGGCAAUUAUUACGGAGGCGCACAAUCAGGC